GGAUACAGCAGUGACGCACACCUGUGUGUACCACUGUGCGCCUGUCGCAAGCAGUCAGUACGCGUUCAUCAGCGUCCUUGCGACGUUUCAUGUAUAUUAUACCACUACCGAUCGGUGCUAGUGAGUAGUGCACGAUAAUUUCGCGCAGAGUGCGCAUGCGUCCUCCCUCGUUGUCGUCGAUCAGUCGGUGUGGCUCCACAAUCGUACGUUCUACUUCCUCGAGCUCCACGUCUCCGUAGCUUUCGCGUCGUGACUCGCGACUCGCGACUCCGCGUCCGCGUCCGCGUCUAUGCUUUUCAGUUCGCCGCCGAUCGCACACCGUUAUCUCGGUCGCGCGCACCUCGGUUGAUCGGUCUUUCCCGAGUAGACGUCGCGUUCUAUGACACGUUGUCGCGCGAGCACAGGUGUGUUGAUUCAGCGAACAAACGGGAUACACAUUGCUGCUCUACAAACGGUGGAUGUACAUGGUCGUACCUGUCUACCGCUAGCUGUGUCGCACUGUGUCGUACUGCAAUCGACGCGCGAGCAACGGGGCAGGCGACAACGACGGUGACGGUGGCGGUAAAUGAGAAGAGUGUCCUUUGGUAGCGCAUGCAUCACGUUGCAACGCGCGGAUACUCCGUCGGGGCCCAUUGCGGGGUCCAAGGAUGGUGAGCUCUCGUACAUCUAUCGUAAACGUCACAUCCACCGUUAACGGUAGCGGCGUAGCCGACGGCGCGGGGAACACGUCGCGCGAAGACGAGAGACGUGCGACAAACGGCGUCGACGUCGGCGUCGGCGUCCCUCAAGAGUGGAAUCAGAGCGGGCCGCCCUCGCUCUCGAUGUCGGUCGAUCUGCAUAAUUUCGACAGUUCGACUCUCACAGACUCGGGACGGUAUUCCGCGAGCCCGGACGAUCAUCAGGCCACAUCGGCCAAUGCUGCCACAAUCAAAAUCGGCUGUCACGACGAAGAGGAGAGCUACGAAGGUUUUGGUUCCGUUGAGGGCGAUUUGGUGGAUGAUGGACCGGAGUCGCCGGGUGGUAGCAGUUCCACGCCCUCGCCAACCGGUACCAACUUGCACAGAAAUCCAAGAAGUCCGAACUCCACCAUUGGAAAACAUUCCUGGUUGCGUACGUCGCUGCGAAGAACGCCUCCUUGUUCGGGCAGAAAGAGGCUCAGUUCUAACGCUUUAGCAAGCCAACUUUAUCGCAGUGGCAGCUUCAACAGCUCUGGAAUGGGCUCGAAUUACGAUGCUACGGACGAUGUAUAUAGCGAUGUAUCCUUGGAGGACGUCAUGGAUCUCAGCCAUAAAGUUCAAAUGAUCCAAGAGCAAAUGGAUGCUUUAGCGGAUACUAAGUCGGUCGGUGAGGAAAGGUACGCUCGAGCAAAACAAGAAAAUGCAACAUUACAGGCGCGAAUAUUGAUGCUCGAGGAAGCAGCCAAAGAUGCAGAAACGAGAGCUGAAGAGAGGCUUCAAACUGAACAACGAAGACAUCGGGAAUGGGCAUGUCGCUUGGAACGUGAACGUCAAUUGCAACUGGAAAACUGUGACAUUAAGCUGCAGGCAGCAGAACUGGACAAUACCAGUUUGCGAGAGGAGAUUGCGCGAAUACGCGAACAGCUCGAGACAGCGAGGACGGAUAAAGCACAACUCGAGAAUGAUCUCCGAGAAGCCAGAAGGGAAGCGGACGCCGCGCGCGAAAGUGAACGUCAUGCGAUAAGCCGAGCUAACGAGGCUCAUCAUAUGCUUGAUGUUAUGAGAGAAGAACUUUCGUUACGGAAUGAGGAUCAGCAGAGGCUUGAAGAACUGGUGCAGCAGGUGGUUCAACUUCAAGCUCGCAAUAAAAGCUUGGAAGAAUCUCGAGACGAACUGCAAGCUGCUGCGGCGUUGCAGGCAGGUCGUGAACUUAUAAUGCUGAAUCCUUGUAAUAAUAAUGCUGAAAAGGGUCCUAGUCUUGCUGUAGAAUUGUUAGCCGGCAUGAAUCCAGAUCAGAUAGAUGGCAAAGGCGAACUCAGUGAACCGUGCACUAUGGCUGAAUUAAAACAAGCCUUAAAGGAGCAGCAAGAAGUGAACACACAAUUAAGAACGUACAUCGAUGGAAUAUUAUUAAACAUCGUGGAAAAUUAUCCACAAUUAUUAGAAGUGAAACAAAUGCACUGAUACAUAAUCCAUCAUUCUAUUAUAAUGCUUUCAAGGCAGUUGUACAUUAACUUUCUUUUAAUUGAAGAGACUCGAGGGGCUGUCUAGAACUUGACCAACAUUGAUAUGUUUUACAUAUUAAUAUUUUCGAAUAGUACUUGAAUAUAUAGCGUAAAAGCGCACUUGAAAGUCAAUUGUUAACUAAAGUCAAGCCUUUUUAAAGCAAUAGUUCCCGCUUAAUGCAAAACUCUAAAAGACGUCCAACUAACUUCGCAAAAAAAAUCUUUUCUAAUUAUAUAAGUCUAAGACACUUUUUCAGGUUUCCCUGUUUAUCUUAUCAAAAUCAAAAUUCGUAUGACCGUUUAAGCUCUAGGCAGCGACCAUCUCUGUACAUCUAGAAAAAAAAAAAAGAGUAAUAAAGUGACGCUAUUGUAGUUGCAGCGUUUGCAAUGAUACAAAAGGGAAGAAUAUUCAAUUGGUGUCAUAUCUCUGAGAUGUCAUACCAUUCGCAGAUCUAUGAGCCGUUUUUUUCCACUGCCGUCAAACUUCGUCGUGCUAGUAUUACCAGAGUGAUGAACAAAUUACGUUUCUCGAAUUCUUUACAUGUCGGCUGGCCUAAGCACUUUACUAUACGCGAUAUCUUUAAAGUACUCGUACAUAUUAAUGAUCAUAUAUGAUUAAUCCGAAUGAAUAUACAGGGUAUCCUCUAAUUAUUGACACAGCGUUCGUACGCAGAUAGAACAGAAUAAACCAAGUCGAAAAGUUUUAUACUAUUUUGCAAUUUUCGUAACAGUUAACGAGAAAUUAUCUAAAAGUGGUUCUGAACUCACUGAUUGUCCACCGUCUUUCUUAUUGAAACGAAAUCUUCUAACAGCACAAAAAAAAAUAUAUUUAAAAUUAAAGUAGUACACAAGACUUAAUUAGUGAUUAUUAGUAAUUAAUUUCUCGUUAAUUAUUGUGAAAAUUGCAAACCAGUACAAGACUUUCCGAAUUAGUUUGAUCUGCUCUGCCUGUAUACGAGCACUAUCAAUAAUUAAAAUUAGGGAUCACGUAUGCAUAUGUACGUCAUGUAUUUGGACACGAUAAUAUUUCGGCGCUAAGACGUGGCAUGAGACACUGCCGUGCUCUUUUACGCAAACUGGCGAGUUGCGCUGGAUCGAGAUUAUCGGUAUAUAUAUAUAUAUAUACAUCAUGUAUACAUAUGUGUACGCGCGUGUGUGACAACGGAGAUGACAUAACUGCAGACUGCAUAUGUCGCAAAAACUGUGAUGAAUUAGAGUACCUUUUCAUUAAAAAUUUGUCUUGGCUACACACGCCUACAAUAUAUCCUACGGGCAACUACCUUGUACUCUAGAUCUUUAUACCGAAAGCUAGUAAAAUUGCAAUAAAUGAUUCUAUUUUGA